GCUCUGACCAGGGCCAGCCCAACGUUGGGAGGAAGCAAAAGGAACACAGAGGAGGAGAGGAGAGGGGGAUGACUGUGCCGGGAGUUCUUUAGCCUUUUUCUGUCUCUCAGUCUCUGUCACAACGGGGCUAAUCAGCGACCGACUAGCCCUUGGCAAAGUCACAGUGAGGGAGGUCUCUCCACCAAACAGCCGACCAGCCGACGAGCCAACACAUGCAUCAGGAGCCGACAGAACUGGGGAUUUUUAUUUAUUUCAGUUGGUCACUUCUUCUCUCCUCCUCUGUCGUGUUUUACUGCGUUAUGGAUCAUUGUGAUUUAUCCACAGUGGAGCUGCAUGCUGGAGUCUGCAGCCUGGCAGGGGGGCAGUUAGUGGGGGCAGAAGGGAUCCAGGCACCUGCCAAGCCUUCAUGGCCUUACCUCUGCCUGUGAGUGCUUUUCAUGCUGCUUUCAGUCUUUAAUACCAGGAGCCAUUUUGUACCCUUGGCUAAUAGAGGGCCACCUCACUUUUUCAGAGAGGGAAAACAAGAAAACAUCACUUUGCUGUCUUUCCAUGGAAGGAAAUUAUAAAUGAACAUGAUGCAUGACUGUUGCUUUUAACAUUUGGAAAGAGGCAAAAAGGACCACUUCCAAACUAAUGAGCAUCUCCCUGCACUGUCGAUGGAACUUGGGAGCCUUGAGUUGCUCCAGCCAGGCUAGGGUGGUCUGUCCUCUGGUGUGUGCCGUCUCCCCCCACCAUGCAGAAUAAUGAGCCCUCCACACCAUGAGUCCUCUGGGCCAGGUUAGUGUGCAGCCUACCUGGAACGCAGCCCUGCUCGCCGUGCUCUCUCUCAUGGUACCUGCUCUCAGUAUGUGCCAGUCCACAGGCCCUGCGUUGGGCUCGGCUAACCCACAGAACUGUCCAGGUGCGUGCUCUUGCACUAACCAGCUCAGCAAGGUGGUGUGUACCCGCCGAGGUCUUGUAAGGGUUCCACCGAACAUCCCGGCCAAUACCAGGUACCUAAAUCUGAUGGAAAACAGCAUAGAGACCAUACAGGCGGAUACGUUCAGGCACCUGCAUCACCUGGAGGUGCUGCAGUUGGGCAGAAAUGCUAUCAGACAGAUUGAAGUGGGGGCCUUCAAUGGCCUGACCAGCCUCAAUACCCUGGAGCUGUUCGACAACAGACUGACAGUCAUUCCCAGUGGGGCUUUUGAGUACCUGUCAAAGUUGAGAGAGUUAUGGCUUAGAAACAAUCCCAUCGAGAGCAUCCCAUCUUAUGCCUUCAACCGUGUCCCCUCCCUCAUGAGACUGGACUUGGGAGAACUGAGGAAGUUGGAGUACAUUUCUGAUGGGGCGUUUGAGGGCCUUCAGAACCUCAAGUAUCUCAACUUGGGGAUGUGCAACCUGAGGGAGUUUCCUCAUCUUUCACCACUAGUGGGACUGGAGGAGUUAGAGAUAUCAGAGAAUGUUUUUCCUGAACUGAAGCCUUGGGCCUUCCGUGGGCUUAAAAAUCUACGCAAACUGUGGAUUAUGAACUCUGCCAUCACCACCAUUGAGAGGAAUGCUUUUGAUGACAUCACAGCCUUGGUGGAGCUGAAUUUAGCCCAUAAUAACCUUUCGUCUCUCCCCCAUAACCUCUUCACCCCUCUACAGUACCUGGUGGAGCUACACCUGCACCACAACCCUUGGCGAUGUGACUGUGAUGUAGUGUGGCUCUCUUGGUGGCUCAGAGAAUACAUUCCCACAAAUUCCACCUGCUGCGGACGCUGCCACACCCCGGUCCAUAUGAGAGGACGAUACCUGGUGGAAGUUGAUCAGACCACCUUUCAGUGUUCGGCACCAUUCAUACUCGACGCUCCCAGAGAUCUGAACAUCUCGGCCGCGAGGGUGGCAGAACUGAAGUGUCGCACGGCUGCUAUGAGCUCAGUCCGAUGGCUUCUCCCCAAUGGGACUGUGUUGACCCAUGGCUCGGCUCAUCCGCGGAUAUCUGUCCUCAACGACGGGACGCUCAACUUCUCCAAUGUUCUGCCGUCAGACACAGGGGUCUACACCUGCAUGGUGAGCAACAUGGCGGGAAAUUCCAAUGCCUCGGCCUAUCUUAACGUCAGCAAUGCUGAACUCAACACAUCUAAUCUGUCCUAUUUCACCACUGUAACAGUGGAAGUUUUGGAGCCCACAGUGGAGGAGACACCUAAACCCAAGCCUACGAUCCCUGCCUCACCCUCUGUCUUUCAGCCCGUCUUCAUCUCUACACCCACUGUGCUGUUUCAAAGCACUCAGACUCCAAGGCAGGUGUCAAUCCCCACUGCCAGAGUCCCCAGUGGGCCAGCCGCCAGCCUGGAUGAGGUGAUGAAAACCACCAAAAUCAUCAUUGGCUGUUUUGUUGCUGUCACCUUGCUGGCAGCCGCCAUGUUAAUAGCAUUCUAUAAGUUGCGUAAGCGGCAUCAACAGAGGAGCACGGUGGCAGCAGCCAGGACCAUAGAAAUCAUACAGAUGGAGGAAGAAGUUCCUCCUGUUCCACCACCCACCUCCGGAUCUAGUGGCUCUGAUGACACAGGGUUGGUACUGCCUACGUUAGUGGAACACAACAGCAACACCUUUAAGCCUGGAUACGUGUCCUCCUCCUCCUCAUCCCGCCAAGGGGGCUACGGAGCCCACUGGACCCAGAACAACUCUCUUCAUCGCUCAGUCAGACAGCAUCACAGCCACAUCAGCACCAUUGCUGAUCCCUACGUCAUUAAGACUUCUCACGGCAAGGAGAAGGUUCAAGAGACCCAGAUCUGAGUAAUGCUCCCUCUGGAUCUAUCUCUGACUCUGCCCCAACCUCUCCUCUCCACCUAUCUGCUCACCAGUCCAUGCAAUAGAAUGCACAAAGAACAAAACGGUAACUUUCUUU